AUGGGGCACAAUCCUGAAGGAGAGACCAUAGAGAGAAGACCAAGACGCUGGGGUAUUUACCGAAGGAGAUAUAACAAUGUGUCUGAACAAGUAAGUUCUGGCACUCAUCCUUCAUCCUGCCAGCAACAAGAUGGAGAUUCAGCAACAAGUGAUGCUCAAGAGGACACCCAAGUAAGAUAUGCUCCCUAUGCCAUUCCACGCCAUCACCGGAGAGCCUAUUUUCAGAAACAGAACCUAACCCAUGUUAACAUGGAGAAAGAGCAAAAUCCUCCAGAGACAAAAAUGGAGGAGAAGAGGCAGGAUGAGACCUCAGGAAGCUGGUUCAAGAUCACUAUUCCAUUCGGCAUAAAAUAUGAUGAGAAGUGGCUACUGAACUUGAUUCAGAAGCAAUGCAGCGUCCCCUUCACUCCAGUUGAAUUUCACUAUGAGGAAAUGCAAGCCCAGUUCUUUGUUGAGAAUGCCACCAUUGCCUUCGCAUUGAAGAAUGCCGAUGGCAAGAUUUGGGAUGAAGAUAAUGAGAAGAUACCUAUAAUUGUCAACCCCUCUGAUGCACCUCAGUCUGUGCAGAAGGAGCUGAAGUCAGAAAAGGAGGAGCAGAUAAAGGUGAAGUCAGCAGAGGAAUUGGGCCAGGGCAAAGGGCUGGAGCCAGAAGAGAUGAGUGCAAGCAGAAACCUGCUAUGCACCACGUUACCAGAUAAUUCAACCAACAUAAGCUCCAUCCUGGAAUUGUUCCCGAAGUUAUUAUGCCUAGAUGGCCAGGAGACAUCUCUACCAACUAAUUUGGGGAUCGGAGCCCACAAGAAGUUACCAUCCUGCCAGGGAAACUUCUUUGGAUCUGAUGCGCUGAAGAGUCUAGUCUUGCAAUUUCUGCAGCAGUAUUACUUGAUCUAUGACUCUGGAGACCGGUACUGUCUUCUCAGUGCUUAUCAUGAUGAAGCCUGCUUCUCCCUGACCAUUCCUUUCAACCCCAAGGAUCCAGCCCAAAGCAGCUUGUUUGAGUACUUCAAGGAUAAUAGGAAUAUGAAGAAGCUCAAGGACUCCAACCUGCGUUUUCAGCUGCUGAAACACACAAAACAUGACAUUGCGUGCUCCCUCUGUGUGUUGCCCAAAACUCAACAUGAUCUCACCUCCUUGGAGGUGGACAUGUGGUUCCACCUGGAAAGGAUGCUCUGCUUCUCUGUCAAUGGCGUGUUCAAGGAAGUGGAAGGAAGGUCUAGGGGUUCUGUGCGUGCCUUCACCCGGACCUUCAUCGCUACCCCUGCCAGCAAUUCCAGUCUGUGCAUCAUGAAUGAUGAGCUGUUUGUGAGGGAUGCCACCCCCAAUGAGUCUCAGAGUGUGUAUUCCAUUCAAGUGCCUACACCCACCACCAGCUCCAUGGCCACCCUUUCCCAGGAGCAGCAGGAAAUGGUGCAGGCUUUCUCUACCCAGUCUGGGAUGAGCCUCCAGUUGUCUCAGAAGUGUCUUCAUGACAACAACUAGGACUAUACCAGAGCUGCACAGGUGCUGGCUUUGCCCAAGGCCAAGUACAAGAUCCCAGAGGAGGCCCUCCCACAAGCUGAUUCUGGAUCCUGA